AUGACACUGGUCGGUUUUCUGUUAAUUUGCGUAGCGGUGGUGAGCUCCAGGACGUCUGCCACGGCCGCCGCUGACCCGUUCGGAUGCGCCAACAGGUUCGAAGUGCACGACGAUAAGAUCAUCCGGACGGAGGACUCGAAAAAGUUGGGCGCAAAGUUCAUAGACUCGGUGGAACAGCACGACCGUGCCGGGUGUCUGGAACUGUGCUGUCGGACGUCCCGGUGUGACGUGUUCGUAUUCGAAGAAAAAUCACCUGGAACAUGUUACCUGUUUGAAUGUGGACCAUCAGAUGAUUUUAAAUGCAAAUUCACCAAUCAUAAGAACUAUAGCAGUGCAUUGAUGUUGUCCAGACAUGCAUCAGAAUUAGAAAAUCAGAUUAAACUCACGCAAAUUGAACAUGAACAUGAACUCAUUCAACUUAAGAAACUUACUUCAUUUACAACACCUUCAACAACUGUUUUACCAAUCUCGGCCAUUAAUAAAGAAACAGAAAUAACUAUCCCACAGGAUAAACAUUCUGAAAGAACUCCUCGGUGUAGUAGAUAUCAAUUUGAAUGCAAAACAUCCAGUGAAUGUAUUGCUAUCUACAACGCAUGUGAUGGAAUACCUCAAUGCAGCGAUGGUAGUGAUGAAGCUCUUGAACUUGCUUGUCCGACCACUCCGAGCAAACAAAUACUUAUGAACGAUGCAAAUUACGGAUUGGCACAAGGAAAUAAUUACAUACAAACAUUAUCAAACAAGCCAAUGGAUAUAACGGGGCAGCAAGUAAAUCAACCAGUUCAACAAUACCAGUGGAAAAAUCAACAACCCAUAUUUAGUUCUAAUGUCAACUAUAAUAAUGCAAAAGUAGAUAAACCUGCUUAUAGCAGUAAUUUUGCGUCUUCACAGUACGGAAGGGAAGGCGAAGGGCUCAAAUGGACAAACCAAGAUAUGGUUCACCAAAACUAUGCAAAUAAUCGAAUAUUUACACAUGUCAAUGGAGGCAUUUUACCUGACUAUAAUCGGCAGCAAAAUAACUUAUUACAAAAUAAUAUGCCGAGUAGAGUAUACAAUGCUGAACCAGCGAUGAACAUUGAUCAUAACUACAACCAUUUAAACAAUAUGAACCAUGAAUUUCAUCACUUUAACACGGGUGGUAAAACCAACUAUCAAAAUCAAAAUAAUCCAGAUUAUUUCUAUGAAGACCUGAGACCUAAGAUGGAACAGUCAAAUAGUAUCCCCCAACUAGGUUCUGAUUAUCAGCGGCAAAUUCAAUUAGAGGUUAAAAAAUCCGAAACAUUAUUAACCGAAAAACCAGUAAUAAUUCAAAAGCAUAAACUCAAUGAAACCUCUACUCAAUCAACAACUACAGAUUCUCAUGUGCAUCAAAAAUUAGUACAACCACUGACAGAGGACUCUAUUGUUCGUGAAGUGUAUUUUGAAAGUAGCGAUGAUGGAUAUGCAAUAAUGCCAAAUGGAGCAUUCAUUUCUCUUAUUCUUGGUGUUAUUGCAUCUACCAUAAUGAUAAUUGUGAUUGGUUGUCGAUUAAGAGUGAUGCGUAAUCGUCAUCGAAAAGGAAGCAAACAGUCAUACGCUCAUGACGCAGACUUUUUAAUUAAUGGCAUGUAUUUAUAA